UCAAAAUCAGCUGCCAAAAUUGCAAGGCUAUUGGUAAAUUUCAAAUUCAGGGAUAACGAAUAGCAUUAAUAUACAUAACCUUGUUGAAUUUGCGAAUACCGGUGGACUGUGCGAAAACUGUUGAAUUGUAUAAGUAGGCUAAUAAUUUUAACUGUCUUCUUGUUAAUAUUUUAAUUUUUAAUCAUGUCGGAAACUCAACAAAAAACACAAUGUAUUACUCUGAAAGGAUCAGCAGAACUGGUCAAGGAAUAUCUUCUGUAUGGCAUCAACAAUAUUUUGUAUCAAAGAGGAAUUUAUCCUCCUGAGACUUUUGAGACAAAGGACCACUUUGGUUUGUGUAUUCUUAUGUCCGUGGAUCCGAAAAUCGUUGAAUUUUUCAAGGUAGUUCUGGGUCAAAUUGAAGAGUGGCUUUUGCAAAGAAAAGUGGAAAGAGUUUCCCUGGUCAUAUCUCAAGUUAAAACUAAAGAAGUUUUAGAAAAGUGGGACUUCAAAGUAGAUUAUGAGAAUGGUGAAAUUGAUGCCAAAACAAUUAUUAAAAACGAGAUAAUGCCAGAAGUAGGAAAAAAAGAUUUAAAAACAAUUCAAAAAGAAAUCAGAGAAGUUAUACGACAAAUUACAGCAACCGUAAGUUUCUUACCACUUUUAGACUGUUUAUGUUCGUUUGAUAUAUUGACUUACACAAAAUCUGACUGUGAUAUUCCAAAUGAAUGGGACGAGACAAGUCCAGUUUUCAUAGCCAACAGUCAAGAGGUACAGCUUCGAACAUUUUCUACAUCCUUACAUAAAAUGCAGACAAUCGUCAGUUACAAAAAUACGUAAUCUGUGAAAAAAUUAAUUAACUUGUAGAAUCUUAAGAUGAACCAAAGUAUUUUUUUAUUGUACUCACUAAUUUGCACUAAUUGAUUUUGAAUUCUAACAUUAUAACCGAUUUUUUUAAUGGUCAAUACACGACUCAGUUUUUAUAAAAAAUA